CGAAAAAACUCUCAUAUUCCGAGUGUUUCGCGAACGCGCCGGUUGUUUUGACACUCGCGAUCGAAAAUGUGGCUUGUGUUUUAUGUUUUUUUGGCCCUUCCGCUGCUGGUGGCUGCCUACUUGGAGUUGACCACGUUCCGCCGGAGAAAAGUGCUUAACAAGUGCAAAGGCCCCAGAGGCCUGCCCCUCGUGGGAAAUGCCCAUCAAAUGGGCAAGAAUCCCACAGAAAUUCUCGACCAGGUGUUCGCCUGGUGGCAUCAGUUUGGGAAGGGCAACUUUGUCUUCUGGAUAGGAACAUACUCCAAUGUGUUGGUCACUAGUUCUAAGCAUCUGGAGUUCAUACUCAGCAGUCAGGAACUGAUCACUAAAUCCGACAUUUAUCAACUCACGCAUCCUUGGUUGGGACUUGGACUUCUGACCAGCACCGGCAGUAAAUGGCACAAGCACCGCAAGAUGAUCACCCCAGCCUUCCACUUCAACAUCCUGCAGGACUUCCAUGAGACGAUGAACGAGAAUUCGAACAAAUUCAUAAUGCACUUGAAGAAGGUGGCUGCCGGGGACAGUAUCUUUGACUUCCAGGACCAGGCCCACUAUCUGACCUUGGAUGUUAUUUGCGACACAGCGAUGGGUGUGUCCAUCAAUGCAAUGGAAAAUCGGAGCUCCUCCAUUGUGCAGGCAUUCAAAGACAUGUGCUACAAUAUCAACAUGAGAGCCUUCCAUCCCCUGAAGCGCAAUGAAAUACUGUACCGGUUGGCCCCCGAUUACCCCGCCUAUAGAAGGACUCUCAAGACCCUCCAGGACUUUACCAACGAUAUCAUCGAAAGGCGCAUUGCGGCCCACAAAUCGGGAGCAGUUUCGACCAGCCAAGGUGACGAGUUCACACGCAAGAAAAUGGCCUUUUUGGACACCCUGCUCUCGUCCACCAUCGAUGGUCGUCCUCUGACUGCGAAUGAGCUGUACGAAGAGGUGUCGACUUUCAUGUUUGAGGGACACGAUACCACCACUUCCGGAGUGUCAUUUGCUGUCUAUUUGCUGUCCAGACAUCAAGACGAACAGCGUAAACUGUUAGAGGAGCAACGCGAGAUAAUGGGUGACUCGGAUUUGGGACGCGAUGCCACCUUCCAGGAAAUUUCCCAAAUGAAAUACCUGGAUUUGUACAUCAAGGAGGCCCAGCGUCUUUAUCCUAGUGUACCCUUUAUUGGACGCUACACGGAUAAGGAUUAUGUGAUUGAUGGCGAUCUCGUGCCCAAGGGCACCACCCUCAACUUGGGUAUCGUGAUGCUGGGCUACAACGAAAAGGUUUUCAAGGAUCCCCACAAAUUCCGACCCGAACGCUUUGAGCUGGAGAAACCAGGACCCUUUGAGUAUGUGCCCUUCAGUGCCGGCCCACGUAACUGUAUUGGCCAAAAGUUCGCUCUGCUGGAGAUCAAGACCGUGGUGUCGAAGAUCAUUCGCAACUUCGAGGUUCUGCCUGCCCUGGACGAGCUGGUUUCUAAGGAUGGCUCCAUAAACACCACCCUGGGAUUACCUCCUGCUGAGCGGAAGAAGCUGGAUGCACAUCGUCAUAAAUACGAUCCGAUUCUGUCCGCUGUUCUGACCCUAAAAUCAGAAAAUGGUCUUCAUCUUAGACUGAAGGAGAGGGUACAUUACAACUUGUUACUUUUUACCUUACUUACUUAUUCUCACAAAUACCUUGUACCUUACCUAAAUACAAAAAACAAGUACCUUUCCCAACACUUGCCGCAACUGAUUGGAGUAUUUAAGCAGAGUGUCUCCCACUUUGCACUCAAAUCCGAUUUACUCGCCACAGCGGUCGGUUGUCUGUGGUCGCGCUCGAAAAUGUGGACAAUACUGUUGUGCGCCUUCAUUGGCCUUCCGCUGCUCUUGGUGGCCUAUUUCGAGUUCGGAUCACUGCGACGAAAGCGCAUGCUAAACAAGUUCCAGGGCCCAAGAAUGCUGCCAGUGGUGGGCAAUGCCCAUCAGAUGGGAAAGACUCCCACAGAGAUUUUGAACCGAUUUUUCGGCUGGUGGCAUGAUUAUGAGCAGGCUAAUUUUCGAUACUGGAUAGGCUACUAUUCGAACAUUAUGGUCACUAGCCCCAAGUACAUGGAAUUUAUACUCAGCAGUCAGACACUGAUAUCCAAGUCCGAUGUCUACGAUCUCACGCAUCCCUGGCUGGGACUUGGACUUCUGACCAGCACCGGCAGUAAAUGGCACAAGCACCGCAAGAUGAUCACCCCAGCCUUCCACUUCAACAUCCUGCAGGACUUCCACGAGGUGAUGAACGAGAACUCCAGCAAGUUCGUUGACCACUUGAGGAAGGUGGCGGAUGGGGACAAUAUCGUUGACUUCCAGGAGGAGACUCACUAUCUGACCUUGGAUGUUAUUUGCGACACUGCCAUGGGUGUGUCUAUAAAUGCAAUGGAAAACCGAAGCUCCUCCGUUGUGCAGGCCUUCAAGGAUAUGUGCUACAACAUGAAGAUGAGAGCCUUCAAUCCUUGGAAGCGUAAUGAAAUGCUCUAUCGCUUGGCUCCCGAAUAUCCAGCCUAUAGUAGGACUUUAAAAACCCUUCAGGACUUUACCAACGACAUAAUAGCAAAGCGAAUUGAAGCUCGAAACUCUGGCGUUGAGUGCCACAGCCAAGGUGAUGAGUUCUCGCGCAAAAAGAUGGCCUUUUUGGAUACACUUCUUUCGUCCACGGUGGACGGACGUCCCCUGACUUCCCAAGAGCUUUAUGAGGAAGUUUCCACUUUUAUGUUCGAGGGGCACGACACAACCACAUCCGGAAUCGGGUUUGCAGUCUUCCUGCUCUCCAGACACCAAGAAGAGCAGAAAAAGUUAUUUAACGAACAAUGCGAGGUGAUGGGCGGUUCUGGGCUGGGUCGAGAUGCCACCUUCCAGGAAAUCUCCCAAAUGAAAUAUUUGGAUUUGUUUAUAAAGGAGGCGCAACGUCUUUAUCCGAGUGUGCCUUUCAUUGGUCGCUUUACGGAGAAAGACUAUGUGAUUGAUGGCGACAUCGUGCCCAAGGGCACCACCUUAAACUUGGGCCUUCUCAUGCUGGGUUACAAUGAUCGUGUUUUUAAGGAUCCCCAUCGAUUCCGACCAGAUCGCUUUGACCUGGAAAAACCAGGACCCUUUGAGUAUGUGCCCUUUAGUGCCGGUCCACGAAACUGUAUUGGCCAGAAGUUCGCUCUGCUGGAGAUCAAGACCGUCGUGUCGAAGAUCAUUCGCAACUUUGAAGUCUUGCCCGCUCUGGAUGAACUUGUUUCCAAGGACGGUUAUAUAAGUACGACCCUGGGCCUUCCUCCGGCGGAGAAGAAAAAGCGCGACGCGCAUAUCCAUAAAUACGAUCCGGUUUUGUCGGCUGCCAUGACUCUAAAGUCUGAGAAUGGCCUGCAUUUGCGCUUGAAGCAGAGGCUUUAAAUAUGAUAACUCGUGGAAAAAUAACAGCACACUUUCAGGCAGGCAACCUUUUGAAAUUUGGCUUACUACACGUUAACAUUACAUUUUA